AACAACACACCUGCCAGCGCUAUGGGUAAUCAGGAGUCCUCCUGUUGCGGCUGCUGCCGCCGCAUCCGCGCCCAGUUCUAUCGCUUGGAGGGCGAAGUUUUGGCGUCGGAUCCGCCGGACUUCGAGAGCGCCAGGUAUUGGUUGGCACAUCCACUGCACCAUCCCAGGAGAGUGGAUGAGUGUCUUCCCAAGAUCGCCUACCUCAUUCAAGCUGAUGGCAGCAUGCAGCAGGAAGACCUGAAGGAAAGUGAUCCUCAGACCCUGGAAGCGCCAGCAGAUCUCUUUUAUUUGCAUGGGACCAUGGAAGGCUUUGGAAAUCGAGCAUCCAUCAACCGCUACGAUCAGGAGGCCUGGAUUGGCUUCAAUACUCGCCAUCAGAUGACGGCGUGUACGGCGUUCACUUCGGCAUGUCGAGCCUUUGCUCCUCUCUACCGCCAGGCCGGCAUGGGCGGGAGUUGGGACUUGGCGUUUCAAGACAUCCUCAGUGCCUUCGAGCACUUUCUGUCGGAAAGCGGUGACCGGCCCAUUCUGUUGGCUGGACAUUCGCAAGGAUCCAUCCACAUUCAGCGCUUGGUCAGCGAACGCAUUGCUCCUGAUGCUGCGGUAAUGAAGCGACUGGUGGCGGUGCAUGCGCCAGGAAUGGGUAAUUGGAUUGACCCAUCACCGCUGCCGCUGGAUACGGCAGCAGCCAGCACUGCCAGCACUGCCAGCACUCUCGAGCCUUCUGUGGCAAUUUGGGCAGCUGCCACACCUCAGGCAGAUCGGAAAUGGACACUGAUAGGCUUUAUGUCCGGCGGCAAAGGUUUCGUCGACUUCGCCAACCCCUCUGGCUGGUCACCUGGCGCCUGUGGUGCCUUAUUGCCCGAGGACGACAGCAAGUUGCCCGUGCUCUUCAGGAACUUCGUAGAGAGUGCAGAAGUCGCAGAUGGACUGCUACGUGUGCGUCACCAUCCGGCCAUGGAAGACAAGAUGCAAAAGUUACACAGCGGUCACCAGGACUUGCACCCCUACGACAUCCAUCUCUUUUGGGCGGACGUGCGUGAGCGCGUCAAGCAGCAGGUCACAUCCUUCCUGUCACGAUCGAAGUGAGUGGAGGGAUCCUGCACUGAAACGCACAAGGUGCCACGUGAAUGUCAUGUGUCCAUUUCGCCACUCGAGUUGUACAGAAAACGCAAUUGACUGAACAGGCAAAGUUCAAGAGCUCAAAGUGGCACUCAACUGCUCC